CAGCGCGGGGAGCGGAGCGGAGCGGGGCGAGGGCAGCGCCGGCGGCGGCGGCGGCCGCAGCAGCCCCGCACGGCCCCGCACGGCCCCGCACGGCCCCGCCGCCGCACGGCGCGGCCCCCCAGCCCGGAGGAGAGGUGUGAGGGCUCCCGGGCAGGAUGCCGCUGGUGAAGAGGAACAUCGAGCCCCGGCACCUGUGCCGGGGGGCUCUGCCCGAUGGGGUGACCAGUGAGCUGGAGUGUGUCACCAACAGCACCCUGGCUGCCAUCAUCAAGCAGCUGGGCAGCCUCAGCAGGCACGCCGAGGACAUCUUCGGGGAGCUGUUCAACGAGGCCAACAGCUUCUACAUGAGGAUGAACUCGCUGCAGGAGAGGGUGGACCUGCUGGUCAUCAAGGUGACACAGUUGGACUCCACCGUGGAGGAAGUUUCGCUGCAGGACAUCAACAUGAGGAAAGCCUUCAAGAGCUCCACGGUGCAGAACCAGCAGGUUGUGUCUCGCAACUCCAUCCCCAACCCUGUGAUGGAGAUGUACCAGCGCUGCGACAAACCCCCGCCCCUCAACAUCCUCACGCCCUACAGGGAUGACAAAAAGGAUGGCCUCAAAUUCUACACCGACCCCUCCUACUUCUUCAACUUGUGGAAGGAGAAAAUGUUGCAAGCAACAGAAGAUAAGAGAAAGGAGAAGCGCAGACAGAAGGAGCAGCGGCUGGUGGAGGACUCCACCCGGGAGGUGAAGAAAGUGAGGAAAGCCCGGAACCGGCGGCUGGAGUGGAACAUGAUGGCGUAUGAUAAAGAGUUCCGGCCCGAUAACAGGUUCUCACCAUCCCCCUAUCACAUGGCGUCAUCGGAAGGAUCACUGUCCCCAGAUAAUAGAUCCUACGCGUCAGACGCGGCCGACCACUCGUACCCGGCGAGCCCCAACCACCCCGCACAGCUGCUGGCCCCGGCGGCCCACCUGGCCCCGGCAGAGCACAAGGAGGGCGUGCUGGCCCCCCCCAACCCCCAGGAGCACGUGUACCGCCCGGCCCCAGGCAGCCGCCAGAACAGCCUCAGCCGCCUGCAGCAGCCACACGCACCACCACCACCCGAGGCCGUGCUCAACGGGCCCAGACCCCACCUCGUCAAGGAGUACGGCCCUCAGCCAGUGCCCAUGGCCGAGUACUUUGUGCCGCCAGCCCCGCCACCCCCACCGCCCGUCAUCCCCUCGGCACAGACGGCCUUCGACAGCCCCAUCUCGGCCCCCCUGCUGGCCCCCGGCUCGGCCGGGCCCCCCUCCUACGCUCCCUCUCCGCCCCGCGCCCCCGGCCCCUACUCCGCGUCCCCACCUCAGGCCGGCCAUGGGCCCCCUGUGGCUCCCCCCGCCGCCCCCGGGCCCCCGGCAGUCUCGGCCUCACCGGCGCACUCGGCCUCGCCGCCCGCCCCCGCCGUGGAGCCCCGCAAGCCGCAGAUCCCACUGAUGCCCAUGAGCGACGCCCGGAGCGACCUGCUGGCUGCCAUCCGCAGGGGGAUCCAACUCCGGAAAGUCCAGGAGCAGUGGGAACAAGAGGCCAAGAAAGAGCCCGUGGGCAAUGACGUGGCCACGAUCCUGUCGCGGCGCAUCGCGGUGGAGUACAGCGAGUCCGACGACGACUCCGAGCUGGAUGAGAACGAGUGGUCAGACUGAGGGGCCCGGGGCUGGGCUGGGCUGGGCCGGGCCGGGCUGGGCUGGAGGAGCCCCCAGCUCUGCCCCAGGUGUGUGUAGGCGCCUCCCCCACCGUCGAUGCCGACGAGCGCGGGCGGCCCCGCUCGUCCAGGAGCUUUGCUUUUACACUUUGUCCAAAACCCUGCGGGCAGCAGCAGCAGCAGCACUGGUAGGAUACACCUCGGAGGCAGUGAGAGCAGACAUUAGCAGCACCUUCGCGUUUCAGUGACUUCCCAAAUUCUCUGGAGGCAGGUUAAUAGGAUUGCUCGUGGUUUACACCUGGAGCAGGACCAGAGGCUGGCCCUGAGCGUGCUUUGGGAGAGCGGGGAGCUCCAGGGGUGGCAGUGCUUUUCCAGCUAGACUGUAAUUGUGGUAGCGAGCUCCUGCAGAAGAAGCCUGUUUGCACAGCUGGUGCCACCAUGGGAGCUCAGGGAAUGGCUCUGCAUGGGCUUGGGGACCCUCUGCUGUCGGAGUUUCUGGGGUCAGGCAGCUCCAAAGCCUGCCCAUGAGCAGGAGCCUCCUUCCCCUGAGAGUGAUGCACCAUGUUUGGCAGCAGCUCUGUAGGGAUGGUCCCCAUCGUGCUGUCACUCCCCAGAGAACCACGGAAUGGCUGGGUUUAGAAGAGACCUUUAAAGCCCAUUGAGUCCAAUCUCUUGCAAUGAACUGGGACCCCUUCCACUAGACCAGGUUGCAUGAGAAGACCAAGGUGUUGGUGACCUGAGCCCAUUUCUGUCCUUAGAACUGGUUUUCUGGGAGAAAAGGGUGAAGGCUUGUGUGGCUGGCAGGGACACACGGCCUUGUCUUUGCCAGUGAAGGAUUAAGGUGUCCAGGGAGCUUCCCCAGACCCAGCUCUCCUUGGCCUUAAUGUGACACCAUUUCAGUGUUCUUUGAAAAAGAAAGAGAAGUUAAUUAGACAAUCUGCUUAACUUACCCUUUGCAGCCCCACAUGCUGUGCCUGUACAACUGAGACCAAAUCAGAGCCAGGCACUGGUUCCCCCUCCCUGAUCCUGCCCUAUUCCCUAUCCCACGGGGCGGUGCUGAUGGGGGAGCUGGAGAGCCAGGCCCCUGCCACAGCACUGAAUUCUCACAUCAAAAUAGGGAGUGAUUCAUCCAAGACUUUUCUCCUCCCUCCACGGAGGGAGAAGGCACAGGAAGGCAGAGAGAAAGGAUGGGGAAUGCUGAAAAUAUCACAGUCAGGUGUAAAAACCUGCAGAGAGCUGGGAGAUGUUCCCCAUCAGUGGAAAAUGGGCCAGGACCAGCUGUGGACUUGCCAGAAUGGUGUCCUCAGGCCCUCUCUUGUGUUCCCUUACACCACAAGGCCCUGAAUGGAGGAAAACUGAGGCCCCAUGUUGCAGCUCUUCUGGGGAAAGCCUGGGCUCUGUGCCUGCCUCUCUACCUCUCCCAGUAGCCACGUAGGUGAUGGCUACAGCAGGAGGAUUUUGACUCUCCAGAAGCAACCAGAGCUGUAAAGGAGAUGGGAGGAUAUGGCUAGGACCCAAAGGCUCAUCCUUAAGUUCAUAGAAUCCUGGAGUGGUUUGGGUUGGAAGGGACCUUACAUCUCAUCUCAUCUCAUCCUAAUCCCGUGCCAUGGGCAGGGACACUUCCCACCAGACCAGGUUGCUGGUUCCUCACCCUGAGAAACGCUGGUGUUGAACAACACCCCAAACAUCUGCUCAUUCCUCCCAGGUGAGAAACCUUUCAUGGCCAGACAUGGUGAAACCUCUGCCCAGCUGCUGAGAAAUGCCCCUAGGAGCGCUCCCUUCUCUUGGCUGGCACAAAAUGGUCUCUUGUCCCUUGGGAGUGACACCUCCCACAUCUCCACACCUGGGCUGGGAGCUGUGGGGCCAAGUGGGCUUGAGCAGAGGGGCAGCAUGGAUGUGGGAGAGGGCAAGGCGAGAAGCAGAAGUGCAAUGGGAUGCAUGGAAUGGCUCAUCUACAAAACCCAAGGAAGCAGGACUGACCGGAGGAGGCAGGGAGUCACUGUGCACCAGGAGGUCGGGAAAUUCCUGAUGCUUGGUGCUCAGCAAGAGCUCUUGUUUCUGAUGUAGAUCCUCUGAAUCACAGGGAACUGGAUGCAAAAGCUUUUGGCCAAAGCCUGGCCAAGGCAGAGAGCCCUUGUGAUGCCUGUGAUGGGCCUUGCUUGGGAAAGUAGCUGGGAUUUGACCUGGAACAGGUUCAGAAGGAAGUGUUGGAAAAAUUCAGAGCAACAUUUAAUCAGGUUCCUGGUAGUAUUUAUUGUGGAGCGUUAUUAACCUAGACACAAUUGUAAUCCUGUUUGUGUGCAAAGAGAAAGUGAUUUAUUUGGAUAAUUUAGAAAAAGUAAUAACCCUUUAUGAGGGAGAGAGAACAGCAGGGGCUGGUGGAGCUGCUCUUCCCUGAUAUGGGGGUCGAAGGGCUGCAGAGUCAGUGGGGGGCACCCACUGGGGCUCAGGCAGAGCAGAGUCACACCAGCCCUGGGAAAGGGCUCAGGGCCCAAUUCUGCAAAGCUGAGCCAGUCCUGGUGAGAACUGGAGAGCAGCCGAGUGCCCUGGAAGAUCAAGCCCCUUCUUUUCAUGCACCAGUUGCUUUGUGUGUGUCACGUGGAACUGUGGGCAUUCUGGCAGGACUCUGUUGGUCUGUGGCAUGUCAGGAUUGUCCCUGUAUCCUCCCACUGCCCUGUCACCACCUCGUAGCUGUGCUGCCCUUGGAUUGGCAGCUGUCGGUCACCCCAUGCCAGCCUCAGGGUUGAUGCUGUUCCGUGGCAAAGCGCUGGACAAUUGGAAUGGCUGGGGUUGGAAGGGACCUGGAAGGUCAGCUGGUUCCCUCAAGCCUUGCCUGCCCUGUGCACAGGCCGUGUCUGCAGGGCAGGUGUGCAGCUGGGAGCCUCACACUUCCUCACACCUUGAUGUUCCUACACCAUCCUCUUCCCUUUGGACAUCCCAGCACAUCCUCACCAUUCCUGUUCUCCUUAUAACCUCCAGCCCUUGAUAACACAAACACAAUUCACCUGCUCAGGUCCAAAGCAAGUCAGCAGGACCAUAACCCCCCAGCACUGCCCAUUGCUUGAAAACAUCAUGAUCCUCCUCCUGCAGGGAUCUGAACUGCCUUAAGCUGUGCUGGUAGCAGGGAUGGGGCUGAUCCCCCCCUCCUCAUCCCAGUUGCUCAGCUUUCUGGUGUGGCUGGUGGAGAGCUGACCUGUGUAGUCAGGGUGGGCUGCAGGACCCAUUUCUGGCCUGGUCACAAUGAUGCUCUUCCCAGCUCCCAAAAAAACAGCACCAAGGCAGGCAAGCACCCGGAAUUUCUGAGGUUGGAAAAGUCCUCUCAGGUCAUCAAGCCAGACCGUGAAUGCCACGUGGUGGCACCGGGAGCCCCGAUCUCACAGCACAGCCGUUCCAUCUUCAGCACCCCCACCCGACAUUUGGUCCACACUGGAGCAUGGCCACCUUUAUUUUAGGCACAUUCAUCUGCUUUCUGCCCAGGUGACCUGUGAAACCCUCCAGAAGCCACACCAGUUCCUCGGCUGGGCCGGGCUGGCGCUGCAGGAGUGGGUUGUGCCCCCUCAUCAGCAGUGUCUGCCUGACCCACGUGCUGCACACUCCAUAUUUUGUACAUAUGUGCCUCUUCCUAUAUCUUCUUCCCAAAGUAGGCCAUGCCGUGUUACACAACCUGAAAUGCUCAAAUCCUCAUGUGGGCUGAUAUAAAAGUGAAUAUUUAAAUAUUUUAUCUAGCUUGGCAGACAUUAAAAAAUACAAUCCAGGUCACAGAUGAUUGAAUUUCUCCCCUCUCAAGAGUACCAGAAUUGGGCUGAGGAGAUUCUCCUGUACAUUAAGGUAUCGUGUUCCAUGUUAAAAUAUAGCAGUGCCAUUUCAUUGCCAACGGAUAAUCACGGAGUGCCAAACAUUUAAUGAGCCCAACUGAUCUCCUGAGAGCUCCUCUUUCCAUUUUAUCUGCUUUCCCCGACUUGCCAAUUUAUGGGCAUAGAUUAAAAAUAAUAAAUAUGACUGCCAGCGGGGGGAAGAGCACCCUGAGCGCAUACAGAUGGAUUGGGCUGCAGUCAGUGGAACAGUAAAUAAGCCAGUUUGGUUCUGCUUGGAGAUAUUAAAGGAAGGCUGUGGUCCUUGAGCUCCAUCAGGAACCUCUCGGACGUCUCUGGUUCAUCUAAAAAGGGCACUGUGGGGACCACCAUGUCCAUGGUGUGUCUGUGAACCUACACCAGGUGUGAAGUCUGCUCUUGAUGAAGUGUCUGAAAGUUGGUGGAAGUCCAGCAGUGUUCAUGCCUGGCCUGGCACUCAGUGUGUCCUCAGGUCAGAGGGACCAUAGGAGCUGGCUCUUGGUGCUGGGUAGAGGUGUCCUGAGGGAGAAUGAAUUGGGUACUUUCUAACUUUGCACCUUGGGAAGAAACCUAGAGAGGAGUGAACAUCACAUCCCAUGAGAGCUCCUGCUUUUGCAGAUGUUUUGUCUGGGGAAGGUUUUACUCCUGGGACAAACACGAGGCUGAACUUGGCUUCUCCAGAGAGCUCCCUCAGAUUUCCUCCCAGCAACUUUUUCAUCCCAUUUUCCUUUCAAUACACCCAACAAGCCUGAACAGAAGCUUUGCAGACUCCCCUGGGGUCAGAGCCUGAAUUUACACCUCGGCUUUAAUGACAGGUGGAAGUUUUGCUUGGAGGGAGGCAGGUUGUAGCACUGGAGGUGGUGUUUUGGAGCGUGCCUUCCAGAGGUCCAUGGCAGGAACACAGUGCCAUUUCCUGGUGGAUGGACCAUGUGUGGCCAUGGGAAGCACUCCCCAUCAUGAGGUGCUGGCAUGGGGAGCACAGGCUGUUCCUUUCCCCGAGAUUCCCGUUUUCCUGUAGUGGUAGUUAUUUAGGGGUAAGGUUUUCUCAGCUGGAAUGUCCCUUUACAGAUAAAAAAACCCCAAAACGAUAAGGGCAAGGAGUCUGUCCUGAGGAGUUUACAGUCUACAGCAAAGACCAUAUAACCUGCACUGCACUUUAGAAGCCUCAAAUGCUCACUCACCCACGAGUUUACCCUCCACUGGGCAGCAGCACCUCGGGGACUGUUGUCCCUUCCUUAGGUGACCCCGUGAGCAGCCCCAUGACCACAUCCCCCCGCUGAUGUCCCAGUGGGGCUCUCCCACCCCUCCACUACCCCCCUGCAAAAGUGCCUGAGCCAAGCCAUGCUGGGUUUGUCCCUGUGCCCUCAGGGUGGGCCUUUCCCAGUCUCCACACAGCUCUGCUCUCUGGGAUGGCCAUGGAUGUGAUGGGAAAGGCCUGGAUGCACCCCUGCCUGCCAGCACUCAGGGCUGCCCAUCAGUUCACGUGGUGGCCUCUGAGCUCAUGCAAAACGUCCUCCUUCAGACACUUGGAACCCAAACCUAGACUGACAUAUUUUAAUCAGUUUGAGAGUCAAAGGAUGGGAGGGGUUAGGAGGGUGAAUCUGGUCUUCCCUGGACAAACUCCAGGUUUUCUAGGAUCGUUGUCUCAGGCUCUGCUUUCUCCAGGUAAAACUUGAGCUUGGAUUUUGCUGGGGAACAGAAUGAAAAAAAAAAAAACAACCAAAACCAAACCAAACUCCCAGUCACAAACUGCAGUGAGGUUUGCCCCAGAGCCUUCAGAAGGUGCCCACAGGCAGGGUGGGGGCAGGACACCGGGAUGUUCCUGAGGGAGGACACCAUCCUGGUGCUGUCACUAGGCUGAGGCAGAGCAAGGGAUGGGCUCUUGGGGAGGGAAAUCCCCAGGCAGGAUCUGGCUGGACAUGCCUGGCCACAGAGUCCCCAGAGGCAGUGCUGAUGUGACUUUAUCCCUAGGAAUGUCUGGAUUACAGACUGGCAGGACCCUGAGGCCAUGGGCUCCUCCACAGCACUGCCUGAUGGCAGAGCAGGGAUGCCUCACCCCCCAUGGACUUCUCCUAACAGGGACCUUCCCACAGCUUUCAGCCUUCCAGAGGUACCUCUGUAGUCUCUUGUUCUUCGCAGGAACAGGUUUAAAACUUCAGCAGUGACCUGCUGGUCGUUGUGAGCCCCAGUGUGUGUGAAUUGAGCCUUCCCCUGCACGCCUCUCCCGUGGGGACAAUGCCAGGGCCCUGGGCUGGCCCCGGGGGACUUUCAGCCCCAUGGCAGCUCCAGCCCUUAGUUCUGUAUCAAGUGUUAAGAGUGCAAAGAGGAGGAAAAACAACCAGAAGGGAAAUAACCCAGCAUUUUAGGUUGGUUUUGCUCCCACUGCUCUGUACAGGGAAAACCUCAGGUGGGUAAAACCCUCUGAAAAUCCACGAAGGGCAGCGGGGAAAAUAAAUGUGUUCUCCCUGUCAGUGUGGGACUGAAGUGCACGGAACAGCAGGAGUGAGUUGUGGCAGAAGGGAGAUGAGCCAGAGCUGGGGGAAGGGAUGGAGAAACCGUGGAACAGGUCUGAAACUCUGACACAGAGGCUCUGCCUUGGGAGGGCUUUGAGAAGCAGGUGGGCAAAUGCCAGAGAGGAGCACUGCCCAUCACCUUGUGCUGGGCCAGGGGGUGGUGGAGGUGCCCACAGGGCAUCUCUUCAAAACGUGUUUGUAGCUCUGCCUCGUCCCCUCCUGGGGGUGUGCCAGCCCCAGAGCAUCUCCCGUCAGCCAGGGUAGCUGCUGGGGCACUCUCUUGGUUUUGGUGUUGACCCUUAAGUGCAAUAAAGAUAAAACACCUGAGAGGGAAGGAGCUGAGUGGAAAUCCAGGACAUGCAGCUGCUACUGCUGCAUUUCCACAGUUAGAAGGCAGCAGCUCCAGCUCCUCAGGACCCUUCGUGGCCCACAGACUGCAGUGGGCAAACCAUGCUGGCAAAUUAAGGUGGAGAUUUUAAAAGUUACCCUUCGAUUUGGGUUAGCUCAGUUGAGAAAUCUAAAAAUAAAACCCCCAAAACCCUCCCCCAACAAAACUAAAAGGCAAACAAACAACUUACACGUGAUUUCCAGAAGGACAAUUUGUGCUGUUCCCUCCCCCUGGACCUCGAGGGAAGGUCAGAGCCAGCAACACUUCCCAGCUAAUCACCAACAGAACAAGGCAAAAAAUCCAAAAAAUCACAUCCUGAGGAGCUGGUGUUUAAGACAAAGCAGCAAGAACCUUAUCACAGUGCAGCAAGGAGGAGGGGGUGUCUCCUAUCACCCUAGGAGGUGCUUUUGACCCUGAAGGCCCUUCCCCAGCCCAAGUGUUUGAAAUCCUGUUGAUUUUCACCUCUUACUGGUACUGGUCCCUGCCUGACACCUCAGCUGGGAACACUUACUCUGCAGAAAGUCAUUUCUUACCACGGAAAAAGCAACCAUAAAAGUCUUACCUUUGAGCCUGGUGAUGUUCCUGUGACUCCUGUUGAGGUGAUUUCCUGGUGGCAGCAGGAGCAGCUUUGGCAGGUCCUGCCAGGUCUUCAAAAAUCAGACUGCUGUGAGCAUCAACAGCCCCCUCACUGCACCCCAACCCCUUCAAAAUUAAUUUUGUACUGAGAUGUUUCAGGUCUACCUUUAGUUCUGGCCAGGUUUUAUCAAAUGGGGCCACUCUUGGUGGUUCUUUUCUUCUCAGAUAAGAGCAGAUCAGGAAAAAGAAAGAAAAUCACAGAAGCCCAGAAGGGUUUGGAUUGGAAGAGAUGUUAAAGCCCAUCCAGUCCCACCACCUCCCAUGGGUAGGGGCACCUUCCACUAGAUCAGGUUGCUCCAGGCCCUGUCCAAGCCACUUAAAUCCCCACCCCAAAAAAAACCCCUGAACAAAACCCUUUCCUUUAAAAUGCAUUGUUAGGAGAUUUUGGGGCUGAUGGCUCCUCACCUUAAUAGACUUCCUUAAUUUUGGGGCUGCUUGACUUGGGGGGGAUCUAAAGCAGGAUGUCCCCAGCACGAGUUUGGGUUGAUGCUGAGCCGUGCUGGCACCUCCCUCCCCUGGCUGUGGGAUGUGCCCUGUCCCACCAGGGCUCAGCUCCCCCUGGGAAUGCAGUGGGGCCACAGCAGCGUGGCAGCUCCCUACUGACACAAGUGCCUUUCCUGGAGGUCCCCACGGGCUGCCUGGGGUGGGUGGCCUCGCUGUGCUGGGAAAGGGCAGAGCUCACCUGGGGUGGAAACCUGGACCUGGCCAGACCCCAAGGUAUCCUCUGGGAAUCCUCCUGCCUGCACAGGGGGGAGUUUGGGAGCUGGUUUUGGCCAACCCAAGGAAACCUGCUCUGGCAAACACACAUCUGGGUGCACAUGGCAGGGGCAGGACACGUGAGGAGUGCAGGGAGGGGACAAACCCUGUCACCUCUUGGCUGUGGGACUUGCCCCUGCUGGUGGGUUUGCUGCAGGGUAGGUGCGUUGCUGCUACCAUGGACAAGCAUUCAGGCUGGAGAGCCUUCCUCCUCCUCCUCCUCCUCCUGUCCAUCCCAGGGCCGUGGGCCAGAGCCAGCUGCUGCAGCAGGACAGGAGCCAUCUCAGUGCCAGGAUUCCACCCCCUUCGGAGUGAGGGCGGGUGCUGCAGGAGAGUCAUUUUGGGGGGCACAGAAGACAGGUGAGGAUCAUCUCCUGUGCCCUGCACCCAGCAGGCUGGGGAUCAAGACACCUCAGGCGCCCCAAACCUCCUCUGCACUACCCAAACUCAGCAGCUCUGAGCCAGGGAGACCUCCUGGAGCACUGGGGCAAACAAUCCUACUGAGAUAGAGCAUCCAACUUGAGCUGGACGUGCUAAAAGCAGUUUUCUCCCCUUUUGGCACUGACUGAUCAUACAAACAGCCUGGAACCAGAGCUUGGGCCAUCUUUGUGGAGGUUGGCUCCAGCUCUGCAGGGGUGGCACAGUGAGGGCAGGGAGGUGCCAGCCUGCACUGGCUUCCCGGGUGCUUCCUCAGCGUCCGUGGGGCUGCCCCCAUUCUCCUUCAAAAGGCCCAUUUUUUAAUAACAGUGGAAGUAUUGCCCCUAUCUCCUGUGAUUUGCCAUUUGAUGGAAGGAGCUGAUGGGAGACAGGCAUCUGUUGCAGGCCACGACUGAUUUCCUUAAUUCCAUAGCUGAGAUUAAAGAAGGAGAUGUUCACUGUCUGAUGGGGUCUUUAACCAUGUGCACUUAGUCAAUAGGUGAGUAGAUGUUGCUGCCUGUAUCUAUCUACCCUACCCAGUUGCUACGUGUGAACAAGUGUAUUUCUCCCCAGUGUUGUGGGUUCUGCCUGUGGUGACACAGUGAGGAAAGGGAGGGACUCCUGCAGCUUCCUUCUGUACAGUGUAGAGAGGAACCUGGAACGACCCCAGGCACCGCUUGUAACUACAUUUGUUCAAGAAAUGUCAUCUUAAUCCCAAACUGUUGACACUUUAUGCAUGUGCUAAUGAAAUUUAAAAAGAAUAAGAAGGAAAAAAAGAAAUUAAUAAAGAUUUUAAGAGGUUACAGUA